AUGUUGCCUGGACAUCAUGGACAAGAUAUGCUGGUUAAGCUUGCUGAAGGCAAGAGCAGCAAGAACAAGGCCCGCAACUUCAACCAGACUGUCAGCAAGCGUGGCUUUGCUCUCCGUGUUGCAAUUGCUUAUAUAUCAGUGGUGUGUCCUGCUGGCUUGGGCACGGUGAAACAUCCUAUUUUGCCGAUACAAGAUAUGGCCAAAGAAAUCUUUCGUAGCUACGAGGACAAGCUUUUGGCGGGUCGAUCGGUGGAAUCAGCACAUGGGCUUUUUCUGAGAUUCUGGAGGACUUUUCGACAAGUUCAGCCCGAGAGCAAAGUUUUCCAAGUCCAUUCCCAGGAUAGAUUAAGAUUUUGUAUUCCUUGCAAACUUCAUGUAGAUGAGGGCACUGGGGUUCGGAAGAGCGCAGUUCUCCAGUGCUCUUGGGGGCCAAUCCUCGCAUCUGGUGGUGCCAGCUGGCUCAGAUACUUCUUUUGGAGUUGCAUGGGUCACGAAUCUUACCGGCGCCUGAAUGUGGGCUUUGAAUGCGGCAACAGAGUGGUGGACUCAUUGACCCAAGAGUUUGCAAAUCAAGCAAAAGCAGCUUUGGAGACUGGUAUCGCAACCAAACACGGCACUUUUUAUUUGUGCUUUGUGUGUGUUGAAGGUGACCUGCCUGCUCAGGCAAAGGUUUUUCAUUGCAAGAGAAAUUUUCAGUGCGUUCCGAAUCCCAUGUGUCCUUGGUGCGGUGCCGACGGGUUUGCAAUCCCUUUCACUGAUGUUCGUGCUGGAGCAUCUUGGAAGGCCACAGUGGGUCGGGACGUCCCGUGGAUCAACAGACCGCCACUGGCUGAUUUAACUAGCAAUGGCGAGGGGAGCUUUUUGGCGAAAGAUCUUUUUCAUGUUGUUCAUUUGGGCAUUGGUCGCACGUUCUUAUCUUCGGCAAUUUGCUUCUUGAUAAACAUGGGACAUUUUGUUCCGACAGACCCACAUCUCGGACGAAGCAUUCCUGUGCGGAUACACGAAGCCUACGAUGAUUUCAAGCAGUUUACCCACCACAUCCUGAAGAAGACGCCGAAUGUUAAGCACUGGUCUCGCGAGAAUCUCCAUUGGACGGGGCCUAGAAGCAUGCCUGAAAAUAGUUUUAAAGCAUCGGACACACCCUUGAUGCUAGCAUGGCUUUUGGACUACCUGGGGCGACCUUUUCAACCAAACAACUUCAUCAGCAACAUGCUUGCUUGUGGUCAAGGCCUCGAUGAUUUUAUGCGGAUUUGUGCUAAGGCCGACCGGGUCUUUAUGACUCAAAAGGAAGCCCGACUUGCGGUGGGAGCUUUGGAUAAGUUUGUGAGCCACUACGUGCGGCUUGCAGCUGAUGCCAAUAGCGACGGCUUGGUAUUCUUCAACCUCACUCCUAAGCUUCAUUAUGUGGAUCAUGUCCGCAUGGACAUCAGGGGCCAACUUCAACACCAACGUAUCUUCAAUCCGAUGGCGUUCUCAACUGCAAUGGCCGAGGACUACGUUGGCAGGGCUUCGGUUAUUUCGAGGACGCCACAUCAGCUGGCCAUGCCGCUGCGCACAGCGCAGAAGUGGUUGAUUGAGACCAGACUCCGGUGGCGAGGUGAGAGAUAA